UCUAUUGACCUGCCAAAAACCCCUCUAACCGUUCCUGCUGGGACUGCCCCUCUCUCUAAUAGAGAAAGAUAGAAACAUCAUCGUCAUUAACUCCGGGAUGGACCUCUGGCCAGAGAGCCAGAGGCGAACAGAGGUCGAGAUUAAAAAAGAAAAAGAAAAAAAGUCUUACAUCACCUUAUUCAGCCAGCUUUAAUUAUGAUAGAUAGAUUGUAAAUAAAAGAAAUAGUUUUAAACUACAGUCUUUUUAAACAGACAAUCUUCAGUCCUCUGUCUUUCUAGUUUACAUAUUUGAUUCCUAUUUGAGAGAAAAGAAAAAGUAAUCUCUUCUGCUGAAUGAGGACGUGUUUGUGAUAAACUCACAAGACUGUCGAAAAUAUCUUCACUGGUUGUUGUUUUUUUCUAGUUCAUUUAACUUCACAAAGGGUUUCCAUAUGUUUCUAUGCUGUAAGUCAAUCAUGAUGAACAAUAAUACAAUUUCCAGAGACUUUUAUCUCAGCAAAUCGGGUGAAAAAUUCUAUUACAAAAGCGGGACAAGACUGUGUACAGUGCACCUUAAGAAAAGCCUGCGUUAGACGUGAUUGGCAAAGACAUUAUUCUAUCCUUGGUACCCUGCCGUUCCGGGAUUACAGUGACGUCACGCUGUUACCCUUGCAUGGAUGAAUGCUAAAGAACUAUAGAGCCACAAAUAAUAGCACAAGCAGAGUCCAUAUCUUGCAAGUCUUACGUUAUCCUUUAAGCCUCCUUCAGCUAACACAACAACAAAUUUUUUUUUGCACUUAAUGACGCUUAAUUUCAUUUCUUAUCGGGUCCUUGGGGGGGAUUAUUCAUUCAUAUAAAACAAUCUGCAGCUGGUGCCAGCCUAAAGUCUCCCUCCUAUGAGUGAAGUCAUCUAUUAUUGAGCGAAAGGCCGUGCGUGGAAAUGUGUGUAAGACGGUGGAUUUGAAGUAGAAUUGGUUGCAAUCGAUCAAGGGUGAAGAAUAUUGCUGAUGGUAACAAAAGAAGCAGCUAUGUCUUUCUCGCAAUUUGGAUACCCUUACAAUGCAACUUCACAGUUUUUCGUGUCGGCAAACCCCAGUACGACUUGCUGCGAUUCGAUUUCCAGGUCGGUCUCUGACGGGACAGGCGGCUCCCAGACCGCCGCUGCCGCCGCCGCCGCCGCCGCCUCCUUCUGCUGCCCGUCCUACGAGAACCGGCUCCUGGCGAGCAGCCGGACGGAGCUGAACGCAGCGCUGGGGAUGUACAGCUCUCCAUACGCCGCAGCGGCCGCCGCCAGCCAGAACUACGCCAACUACUUCCCCUACAGCACCGACCCAUCCGCUAUCUACUCCACUCUGAAUCCACAGUAUGACAUUAAGGACAGCACAAGCACUUUACACUCUGGCAUCACUCAAACCGCUGCAUACUAUCCUUAUGACCAUUCACUGGGACAGUAUCAAUAUGACAGAUACGGGACAGUAGACUUUAAUGGCACGGCCCGAAGAAAGAACGCAACUCGUGAAACCACCAGCACCCUGAAAACAUGGUUGUAUGAGCACCGCAAGAACCCCUACCCCACCAAGGGAGAGAAGAUCAUGCUGGCCAUCAUCACCAAAAUGACCCUUACCCAAGUGUCCACCUGGUUCGCCAACGCCAGGAGGAGGCUAAAGAAGGAGAACAAGAUGACCUGGUCACCAAAGAAUAAGGCCAGUGAUGACAGGAAGGACGACCUUAGCAAGAGCGACCAAGACUGUGCCACCAAAGAUUCCAGUAAUUGCAAGGAGGAGAAGGAUCUGCAUCUAAGUGAUCUGGAGGACAUGGAUGAGGACGACUGUGACAAGCUGGACAGUGACUGUGAAAAAGUUGCUGCAGAUGAGCAAGACCUCCAGAGGGUCAUGGCAGUAUCCGGAGCCCCUCAGAAGAGAGAUUGCAGCUCCGAGCUGCACCUCAGUUUAACUAACAGCUUCCACGCGUUCCCCUGCGCCAUCAAAAGUGUCGCCACCCUCCCUCCUCUCCCAUCCGACUUCCUAGACCCUGUGGUGUCCAAGGGACCCUCCUCAACCAGCCUCACGGGGACAGUGUCUCUGUCUCACUUUGAAGCAUCAGAUAAGCCUCGGAUUUGGUCUCUGGCUCGUACGGCAGCUUCGGGGGUCAUACUGAGCCCUCAGCAGCAUGGCUCAGAGCUGAGGACAGGCAACUCAAGCGGGGACUGCCAGCUCCAGAGCACCAGGCUUACCGGGGCUCCUAGUGGACAGUGUGGGGGCAUGAGAGGCCUCCAUGAAUCUAGCAGUGUCACCAAUACAGAGAGCCCCUUCCCUGAGGGCUCAUCCUUGCACUCAAAAGUCUAUGGCACUGGCAGCUACAGUCACAAGGACCUCCAACUGCACUGUUCAUCUUAUGCUGCACUCCCAGACACGUGUCAGUACUCCACUAUUGAAGGAUUCUCUGCCGGCAAAGCAGAGACACAGCCAUCUGACCUCAGCGAAGCCUGUGGGACCGUGCAGGAUGACAAGGUCACUGCGUUCAGACCGGUGAUGAAGAGGUGAAGCAGAUUGCUGAAGGAAACUGAACCACAAUAAAUAAUGGGACAUUUAUUAUGCACUAAAGGACACACUGGCCUCAGUAUGACACAUGGGAGCUACCUGGCGCUGCAGCAGUGAGAGCUGUCAAACUGUGGACGUGGCUAUCAUUUUGCACAACUUUGUUUUUAUGGUGGUAAAGACUUUAUGCAAAAAUUCUAGAUGCAAAGGAGCAAGAAUGGCCAAAUGAAACGGCCACAAAUUUGUGUAUGGCAAUCGUGUAGUGUAGCAAACUUAUUUAUUUCUCUGUGUAUUUAUUAUUUGGUUAUGUUGUCUGUUGGUUUAUUAUUGAAUGUGUCCAUUGGUUCAAUUCGUAUGCCCCCCCCUUCUAAGUAUUUUGUUAAAUGUUGCGUUUUACUGUGGCUUUGUGUCAUUUUGCCUGAUGUAAAAGAGAAAAGCUUGUCGAGCAUAAAGUUGACUAUAAAAAGGACUGGAUUCCCCCCCCCCGUGUUGCGCGUGGACCUGAAGGGUUUUGUCAUUGUGUUCAAAUGUGAGCUUCUUCUGUGUUUUUGCCAUGACAUUUUUUUCUAAGAAUACAUUUUUUCCAAGA